AUGUGGAGAAAAAAGUCUCGAUCUAUCAAGUACUUAUUUAAGUAUAUUAACAAAGGUCAAGAUUGCGUUACAGCUACUGUUACGCAGAAAAAAAGUGGGACUCAAGAUGGGACAGAGACGAGCUCGAGUAAUGCUUUGUCAGGAGAAGGUGGCAAUAAUCCGACAGAAAAUGAGGAGGAUCCAGUUGAUGAAAUUAAAAAAUAUUUUGAUGCAAGAUAUAUAUCUGCAUGCGAGUCAACAUGGCGAAUAUUUGGUUUUCCAACCCGUUACGGAUCCACUCCAGUAGAGAAGCUUACAUUUCAUCUAGAAGGAGAUCAACCAGUAAUAUUCAGGAAGGGUGAUUCCGUGAGAAGUGUUAUUGAUCGGGUGAAACAGUCUAAGACGAUGUUUUUAGCAUGGUUUGAUUGCUGUCGAAAAUAUCCAGAAGCAAGACUACUAACAUAUGCUGAACUUCCAACUCUUUUCAUAUAUGAUGCAAAAGCGUUCGAAUGGAAAAGAAGGAAGAAGGGAUUUGCUAUUGGAAGGUUGGCCCAUGUUUCACCAAGUGCUGGAGAGCUCUAUUUUCUAAGGAUAUUGAUUAAUAAAGUGAGAGGGCCUCAGUCAUAUGAUGAUUUGAAAACUGUGAACGGUGUUGUGCUUGCGAGUUUUGAAGAUGCAUGUAAUAAACUCGGUUUAUUGGACAACGACCAGGAGUAUAUUGAUGCGAUUAAAGAGUGUAGUUUCUGGGCAUCAGGAGGAUAUGUUAGAAAAUUAUUUGCGCAGAUGCUGUUAUCGGAAAGCUUAUCUACGCCGAAGUUAGUAUGGGACUCUACAAAAGAAAUUUUGUCUGAAGACAUACUUUAUCUUGAGCGCAAGAAGAGAAAAUACCCAGGGCUUAUCUUGAGUGAAGAAGAGAUUUACAAUGCAACCUUGGUACUAAUAGAGAACAUUUUGCGGAGUAAACAUAGUAGUCUUGACAAAUGGAAGACAAUGCCAAAGCCCAUUUUUGAUUCUCAUUCUCCACAAGUCAAUCAGCUACUACAAGAUGAGCUAAACUACCCAAAGGAUGAAUUGCGUGUGAAACAUGAUGAAUGGUUUCGCCAGCUAACAGAUGAGCAAAGGUCAGUGUAUGAUGAGAUAAUGGGAUGUGUUACAGCUAAAAGGGGAGGAGUUUUUUUUGUUUACGGUUUUGGAGGAACAGGAAAAACCUUUUUGUGGAAUAUUCUUUCUGCUGCUAUCAGAUCAAGGGGUGAGGUUGUACUUAAUGUUGCUUCUAGCGGCAUAGCUGCUUUAUUACUACCAGGUGGACGAACUGCCCAUUCGAGGUUUAGCCUUCCCAUUAAUCCUGAUGAGUUUUCUACUUGCAAGAUCCAACCAGGAAGUGAUCAGGCAGAAUUAAUUUCCAAGUCUUCUCUUAUUAUUUGGGACGAAGCUCCGAUGAUGAGCAAACACUGUUUUGAAGCUCUAGAUCGUAGUAUAUGCGAUAUUAUGGAGACUACAGACGAAACUCCUUUUGGUGGGAAAGUAGUUGUAUUUGGUGGUGAUUUCAGACAGAUACUACCAGUAAUUCCAAGGGGGAACCGGGCUGAUAUUGUAAUGGCUUCACUCAAGAUGUCAUAUUUGUGGAAGCAUUGCAAGGUUCUGCAACUAACUCGGAAUAUGAGACUUUUUUCAGAGCUUGAUAGUUGUGAAGCUAAUGAGAUCAAAGAUUUUUCUAAAUGGAUACUGGAUUUAGGAGAUGGGAAGAUUAAUGAGCCAAAUAGUGGAGAAACUAUGAUUGACAUUCCUAAAGAUCUUCUAAUUACGGAGUGUGUUGAUCCAAUUGAGGCUAUUGUUUCUGAAAUAUAUGGAGACACUUUCAAAGAUUCCAAAGACCCUGUUUUUUUUCAAGAACGAGCUAUUUUGAGUCCUACCAAUGAUAAUGUUGAAGUUAUUAACAACUAUAUGUUGGAUCGGCUAACAGGUGAAGAAAGAAUCUAUUUGAGUUCUGAUAGUAUUGAUCCAGCUGACACAAAGUCUAAAGAUGACUCGGUCUUUUCACCAGAAUUUCUCAACAGUAUCAAGAUUUCGGGACUACCAAAUCAUUCUCUGAGGUUGAGGAUUGGUACACCAGUUAUGUUACUUAGAAAUCUAGAUCCGGAAGAAGGUUUGUGUAAUGGAACUAGGCUUCAGAUAACGCAAAUGGGCAAUCAUCUUAUUGAAGCAAAAUUUAUCACUGGAAAUAGAGUUGGAGAGAAGGUCUUUCUGCACCGUAUCCUUAUCACACCAUCAGAUACAAAGCUUCCUUUCAAAAUGAGGCGCAGACAAUUUCCACUGAAAGUUGCUUUCGCGAUGACCAUCAAUAAAAGUCAGGGCCAAACUCUAGGGAAAGUUGGUUUGUUUUUACCAAGACCAGUUUUUUCACAUGGACAGUUGUAUGUUGCUGUUUCAAGGGUUAAAUCAAGGAAGGGUUUGAAGAUCCUAAUUACCGACAAGGAUGGAAAACCAGAAGAUACAACAAUGAAUGUUGUUUUCAAGGAAGUGUUCCAAAAUUUGUUGGAUAAUGGAGAUGACAUAUAG